AAUGAGUGAUUAGGUAUUAUUAAUAUUUUACAUUGAAAUAAUUAUUAAUUUUAUACCUAUUCUUUUUCUACGUAGAAAUAAAGUGUUUCAAUUGUAAUAUUCUUUUUCAAAUACGAAAUAAUAUUAUAUAGUUAUAUUAAAUUCUCUGCACAAUCCACGGUUCUCAGUUAUCAAUUUGACCACCUCCCUGUGGGUCCGAUUAACCCUUUUUAUUUCGUCGGUACAGUCUUGUGAGUCUUCAGUGUUAUAUUUCACAAAACUACGGCAUGGUCGUGGAAUUUUCGACUUUAGGAACGUUUUAUGUGGUUGAAGUCAAGUAACUUCUAAGGAAGGUGCUCGUCAACAAUGACAUUCAUGAUGAAACGCUUGACGAAAAAAUUGUGCUUCUAUUUUGUACUGGCAAUACUCUUGGUUUGCUUGUUUAAUGUCUUGACGUCCAAGAACGGUGAUACAGAAAUCGAUUUGAAGCAAUAUGACGAAAUCUUCAAGACUUAUUAUACAUAUUCUAAUGAUAGUGAUUUGAAUGGUCCAAAAGUAUCCAUGGAUAACUCAAAUCUUGUAAGAAAAUUGCGAGAAAAAUUCCUAGUCAAACCUAUUGAAGAAAAUAAAGGCCGUAGAACUCGUUAUAAUUUAAUUGACAUGUCGUUAAUAGAUCCAUCAAUGGGGCAAGCUGCUGAAAUAGCCAAGAUCAUCGAUUAUACAAAAGGAGGUUUUUUUAUUGAAUGCGGAGCUUUGGAUGGAGAAACUAGAUCUAAUACAUUAUACUUUGAACGGUAUUAUGGAUGGGUGGGAUUACUUAUUGAAGCAGAUCCUUUGAAUUUUGUGAAAAUGUUAAAAAAAGGUCGUAGAGCAUAUUUAUCACCCACUUGUCUUAGUGUCAAUCCUUAUCCUGAAAUUGUUUCUUUUCUUCAACGUAGUAAUAUGGGUCGAAUAGCAAAUGAUGAGGUUGUAGAAGAUGAAGUAAUAUCCGAUGAUUAUGGGAAAAAGAAAUCACCUAUUGUUAAUGUACAAUGUUUUCCAUUCUAUACAUAUCUUUUAGCAUUAAAUAUAACGGUAAUAGAUUAUUUCAGCUUAGAUGUCGAAGGAUCAGAAUUGAAUGUAUUAAAAACUAUUCCAUUUGAUAAGAUCAAUAUACGAACUUUAUCAGUUGAAUUUUUCCAUGUAAAAGAAGGUGACGAUGGUGUAAGAACGUACUUGGAAGAUAAAGGGUAUAUAGUAACUGGAAAAGUAACUAGGCAGGAUCGAUUAGCAAAUGAUUACAUAUUUGCAAAACCAUCAGCGCUAACACAAAAUCUAUCAUUUUAUGUAACCUAAUAAAAAUACAUAUGCAAUUUAUGAAUGGGCUAUGGACUGAAGUGCCUAAUAAAAUAUUUGGUUUUGAAAAUUAAGUAUAUCAUGUUUAAUAAGGAUUUGUGAUUAUAUUUUCAGAUUGUAUUAGUUAUUAUAUUAUUAUAUAAUAUGUUUUAACACGAG